UAUGAAACACUCGGUGUACGCAAGACAUGCUCGGAAUCGGAACUCAAAAAAGCGUACCGAAAACAAUGUCUGAAGUAUCAUCCCGAUAAAGGAGGGGAUGAAGACAAGUUCAAGGAAAUUCAAAAGGCGUACGAGACGCUGUCAGAUCCCGAAAAACGGCAGAUAUAUGAUAAGUUCGGAGAC